UUUAUUGUGAAAAUCUUUCCCCCGGAAAAAAACUCCCAUGGCUCUUGCUAGCUAUGCGAGACCGUCAGCGUCUGCAAUGAUGGCAGACAGACGGCAACAAUAACGUGACAACAACCCCACGCCAACUUUAAGAGGAACCAGCCUCGGGUCCUUUUUAUCGUCUGCCCGCGUCAGUUGCUGGUUCUUGGCAGUGUUAUGGAUGAACUAUGAAGGCCCAAUUACAAGUCACAGUCCUCUCCGCCAAACUUAAGGAAAACAAAAAGAACUGGUUUGGUCCCAGUCCGUACGUGGAGGUAGCCGUGGACGGCCAAUCAAAGCGGACUGAGAAGUGUAACAACACACACAGUCCAAAAUGGAAGCAGGCGCUCACCGUCAUCGUGACGCCUCUCAGCAAGCUGAUAUUCCGCGUGUGGAGCCACCAGACGCUGAAGGCGGACAUUUUGUUAGGAAUGGCCACGCUGGAGAUCUGCGACACCCUGAAGGCCAACGAGCUGAAAUUGUGCGAGGUGGUCCAGACGCUGCAGCUGUGCUCCGACAGAGAUUCCCGGGAUAUCGUCGGCGAUCUGUCCGUCUGUCUGGACGGCAUGCACGUGGACCCAGACGCCUUUGCCUCGGCAGAGAGAGACUACGCUUCUAUCCUAAAAGACGGUGCAAGGCCAAAUGGAAACACUGGAAAUAGGGCAAGCAGAGCUGCAUCUCCCUCCAGUGAUUUGGAUGAGUGGGUCAUUGUACCUGAUGCUCGCACUGUCAAUGGCGUGAGCUCCCCUUCCCAUUCUCCAGGGGGCACCGGUGGCUCUCGUCGCUCUCGAUCGACCCGGCCUUCCUCCGCACCCGGUAGACCUGCCACCUCACCAAGUACUUCCUCCAGCAGUUCCUCUCCAAGCGAGUUAAGCGAGGGUCCAGCAACUGACAUCUCCUCCCAGGCCUCCGCUAGCGAGGGUUCGGAUCGGCACGUGGACUUGGGGGCAGCGGGAGCGGCAGAGGAGGCUGUGGCAAGGCCCCCUACGGCGAGCGGCCCCAAACCAGCCGCGCUGGCAGCACCAGCCACAGCUGCUCCCAGAGUCUCGCCCAUGAGCGGCGGCCCCUUGCCACAAGGUUGGGAGCAACGAGUGGACCAGAAUGGACGCAUGUACUUUGUAGAUCACAUUGAGAAGAGGACAACCUGGGACCGACCCGAGUCGCUGCCCACAGGGUGGGAGCGCAGGGUGGACCCCAUGGGCCGCGUGUACUUUGUUGACCACAUCACCAGGACGACCACGUGGCAGCGCCCCACGCAGGAGUCGGUGCGCAACUACGAGGAGUGGCAGCAUCAGCGCAGCCAGCUGCAGGGAGCCAUGCAGCAGUUCAACCAGAGGUUCAUCUAUGGGCUCCAGGACCAGUUGGCGGCCACGUCCAACAAAGAGUUUGAUCCGAUGGGCCCUCUGCCACACGGCUGGGAAAAGAGGACAGACACAAACGGCAGAGUGUAUUAUGUCCAUCAUCCGACUCGGGCGACUCAGUGGGAAGACCCCAGGACACAAGGGCUGCUGAAUGACAAGCCUCUGCCUGAGGGCUGGGAGAUGAGGUUCACCGUGGACGGCAUCCCCUACUUUGUGGAUCACAACAGGCGGACCACCACCUACAUUGACCCUCGCACGGGCAAAUCCUCGCUUGAAAACGGACCGCAGAUUACCUACGUCAGGGACUUUAAAGCCAAAGUGCAAUACUUCAGGUUCUGGUGUCAGCAACUGUCAAUGCCUCAGCACAUAAAGAUUUCUGUGUCCAGGAAAACCUUGUUUGAAGACUCAUUCCAGCAGAUCAUGAGCUUCCAUCCUCAAGAUCUGAGACGGCGACUGUGGAUCAUUUUCCCCGGGGAGGAAGGUUUGGACUACGGCGGCGUGGCCCGGGAAUGGUUCUUCCUGCUCUCUCACGAAGUGCUCAACCCUAUGUAUUGCCUGUUCGAGUAUGCUGGCAAAGACAACUACUGUCUGCAGAUCAACCCCGCCUCCUACAUCAACCCCGACCACCUCAAGUACUUCAAGUUCAUUGGGCGCUUCAUCGCCAUGGCUUUGUUCCACGGCAAGUUCAUCGACACGGGUUUCUCGCUUCCCUUCUACAAGCGCAUCCUGAACAAGUCUCUGGCCCUCAAAGACCUGGAGUCCGUGGAUCCUGAGUUUUACAACUCUCUCAUUUGGAUCAAGGAUAACAACAUAGAAGAGUGCGGUCUGGAGAUGUUCUUCUCCGUCGACAAAGAGAUCCUGGGGGAGGUCACCACGCACGAGCUCAAACCGGACGGCGGGAACGUUCAAGUGACUGAGGAAAAUAAGGAGGAGUACAUCAGGUUGGUGGCUGAGUGGAGGCUGUCCAGAGGUGUGGAGGAGCAGACCCAGGCCUUCUUUGAGGGCUUCAAUGAAGUUCUCCCGCAGCAAUACCUUCAAUACUUUGACGCUAAGGAACUCGAGGUGAUGCUGUGCGGGAUGCAGGAGAUAGACCUGGUGGACUGGCAGAGGAACACCAUCUACAGGCAUUACGCUCGGACCAGCAAGCAGAUCCAUUGGUUUUGGCAGUUUGCAAAGGAGAUGGACAACGAGAAGAGGAUGCGACUGCUGCAGUUUGUCACAGGAACGUGUCGCCUUCCUGUCGGCGGCUUUGCUGACCUCAUGGGAAGCAACGGCCCUCAGAAGUUCUGCAUCGAGAAGGUGGGCAAAGAGAACUGGCUUCCGCGAAGCCACACAUGCUUUAAUCGUUUGGACCUGCCUCCGUACAAGAGCUACGAGCAGCUAAAGGAGAAACUCAUGUUUGCCAUCGAGGAGACGGAAGGUUUUGGGCAGGAGUGACGACACCACGCCGCACCUUUUUCCUCGGAGCUGAUUUUAUCCUCCACUUCACGUCGACUGUAUGCAAUCACAGCUGCUUGAAGAGUUGUUUUAGCCCUAAGGCAAUUCUCCACCUCUUUCCUGCAUCUCAUCUGAAGUCACAACAUUAUGGUGUGCGAGUGCAAAAUCAACAAUGCUCUUUGUCAAGACUAUGCACUCAAUUUUAUUCUCAGAUUAUAUUUGAUUUAUAGUUUAAUCUCCACACACGUGUUCUGACUGGAUUGACUUUAAAAUGUAGCACCGGAUGUUCCUUUCUUCAUUUAAAAAAAAAAAAAAAAAAAGAUUUCAGAUUUCAUUUCCUUGCUUUCUUGAACGUAGUUUGCACAUGAACUGUGAGCGGCAAAGACCGUGUGAUUGUCCCUGACAGAGCUUGUAUUUUUUUAAUGUGCAAUAGUUUUGUAGCUCAACCAACAAUCGUCUCUGAUCACUUUACGAGAUAAGUUUUCACUUAUUUGUGCUGAUUUUACUCUCCAAUAUGUCGCAGAAUCAUUUUGCUGGUUUGCUUUUGAUUUCAUAGGACCAAAUUCCCCCACCCCUCAAAAAAGACACCUCCUAUGUAUUAUAAAUACACUGGACCUCAAGGGGUCAUUUUGUAAUCUGUGGCUGAUUAACAAAUAAUUGGUGAAAAAAAAAAAUGUUACUGAUGAAGUGGGAACAAUCCUGUGUUGUACGAUUUGUAAAAUAAUGUCCUCUUCCCACUGAGUGGUAGCAAAGUCUUUGCCGUGUGUCUACAAAACGAUCCUAGGUAGAUAACCCAGAAGUCAAAUCUGUUUAAUGUGCUAAGUGACGACUGCAGUCAAAAUACACUUGUUUAAUACCUAAAUACAUAUAAUUCACACAA